AAAUAGUACGUGGCGUCACCCUCAGCCGUGGGGCUCGGUGUUGCGUUCGCCUCCUGCCCGCGGUCCUAGUGCCCCGGCAAGCAGUGCGUCGGUAGCCCGGGAAAGCGCCCAAACCUGGGAAUUUGUGAGUAACACGUUUUGAAUGAAAAUUCCCGGUUUCCCAAGUGGAGACGUGUUACUCACAGAGCCCCAGGUUUUCACCAGACGGGGGAAUGUUUAGCGCUGGGUUGGGAAAAGUUGGCAUCACGCUAGAGAAGCGCUGGCAGCUGACCAGUCCCUAGCGAGGCUCGGGCGGAGUUUUCCCCGUGCUCCGGGAGAGGCGGAAGGAAGGCUAUUGCACUAUAAAGGAAAAUGUCUUUUUUUUCAAAAAUAUUACUGCAACGAGAAGUUGAAGAAUACCUUGGGAACGUGUUUAGAAAUAAGGAGCUCAUAAGUGCUUUAGGCACUCUGGAAGCAGAGAGGAAAUAUGAAUCUCUGUUAAAUCGUCUAUCUCAUCCUCCAGCUUUCACAACUGUUAGAGUUAACACUCACUUGGCUUCAGUGAAACAAGUGAAAAAUCUGCUGUUUGAAGAGAUCCACAAGCAAUUUAAAGGUCUUAGUGUGCCAGUUCUUCAGCACCCACAACUCCAGGACAUCUUACUCAUUCCUGUCAUUGGACCCAGGAAGGAUCUACAAAAGCAAUCAUCUGAAGUCAUUGUUGGAGCCCAGUGUGGGAAUUCAGUGCUACGAGGAGCGCAUGUCUUUGUUCCAGGAAUCAUAUCUGCUUCAAAAUGUAUGAAAGCUGGAGAUGUGGUCUCUGUAUACUCGGAUAUUGAAGGAAAGUGUAAAAGAGGAGCCAAAGAAUUUCUGGGAACCAAAGUUUUUAUUGGAAAUGGGAUUUCUGAAUUGAGUCGCAGUGAAAUCUUCAGUUCAAAUGGCUCACUCAAUUACAUAAGUAUAACCCUGAUGUCUAAAGAGGAAUGUGCCCCUUUAUCAUUAAUAUCAAUAUUGCUGAAAAACAAAAAGCAGACCAUCACCAGCCAAAGUAGUAUCAAUUGUGUCACUCAGAAAUUUUCUGAAUGUCUUGUGAAAAGAGGAAUAGGUGUAAGAAUGACAGACCCAGUUUACCUUAGUCCUUCGUUGGACAAUGUGCUGUCCAGUUACUUGUUUUUGCAGAACUUGCCCUCUGCAGUUGUAAGCCAUGUUUUAAACCCUCAGCCAGGAGAGAGAAUUCUGGACAUGUGUGCUGCACCUGGGGGAAAAACAACCCAUCUUGCAACAUUAAUGCAUGACCAGGGUGAAGUGAUAGCCAUGGACAAGAUAGCUAACAAAGUCAAAAAAAUCAAGCAGAAUGCAGCAUUGUUGCAGCUGAAUUGUAUUAAAGCAUUUUGCUGUGAUGGAACUAAGGCACUUGCCAUUGGGAAGAAAGAAGAUGGACAAGAAGGCCCUCCAUUCUCAGCAGAGUCAUUUGAUCGAAUUCUUCUUGAUGUUCCUUGUAGUGGGAUGGGACAGAGACCAAAUAUGGCCUAUUUCUGGACUCUAAAAGAAGUGACGUCUUAUCAGCCAUUGCAACGUAAGCUUUUCAGCAUGGCAGUGAAAUUGCUGAAGCCAGGGGGCACUUUGGUGUAUAGUACAUGUACAAUUACACUGUCUGAAAAUGAGGAGCAGGUCGCCUGGGCCCUGGAAACUUUUCCCUGCCUCCAGCUUCAGUCACAGGAACCACGUAUUGGAGGAGAAGGCAUGAUGGGAGCUGGAUUAUCACUUGAUCAGCUGAAGCUGUUGCAGAGGUUUGAUCCAUCCAGUGUGACGUCACGUGGAAUGGAUAUUAACUCUUUGCAGGAUUCCAGGGAAGAAGACCUGAUCUUGCUGGCGAAUAAAGACUGUAUAGGAUUUUUUAUUGCAAAAUUUAUUAAAUUGAACAGCAAAUAGACAUUUAGCAACACAACCUGAAAAAGCACCUUUUGAGUUAACAGUUGGACCAUUCUUAACUGUUUCUUCUCAUGCAUUGUUGUCAAGCCAACAGGCUGAUGACAUGGUUGCUAUAGAAGCAGUAAAAUCUCCCAGCUGUUCUACUGGGACAGAGCCACAGAUUUGGAACAAGAAAGUCACAGUUGCAGGAGGUGUUGAUUCAUUUUUAUGUCUCCAUUAGCUUUUGUAUUUAUAGUAGGUCAGUGGCGGAAGGAAAGGUAAAUUCAGAUUACUGGUUGUUGACUUAGUGUACAGUAUUGCACAUUUAGAUUACUGCUUGUUUUCUGUUUUAACUUGUUGGUUUAAUGUGUACAGUAUUGCAUAGGAACAGAUUUUGCUGUGGGAAUUUAAAUUUUAUAAAAUGUAAAAAAAUCCAGAUUAAAUACAUAAAAAAUAUAAAGUCAAAUUUUGUAAAGAAUGAUAGUUUCUAUAGGGAAUUUAGAAAUUACUGCAUCAUUAAAUAAAUAGUGAUGUGAAAUAGUCGCAUUUCACAAAGAGCUGUUUUAUAAAUUAAUAAUUAUAACAUCUCAUCUCCUUUAUUUUACUAUAAGCGAGAUUCUCUAUUCAUAUUGUAGACACACAAUAUAAUAGGCUUUGUAGCA